GAGUGUUGGGAUAAUACCGCCGGUGAUUUAUUGAGCAGCGAUGUCAUGCAGCUUUUCAUGAUUGCCGGGGCUGCGCUUUAUGUCGAAGACGCCGCGGCGAGGUGCGCUGCAGAAAGCGUCGUGCUUUCUCAAAUUUUUUGGACUGUAGUGCUGGAGCGGAUGACGAGGUCUAGACCAUCAUGGCACCACGAAAUGUCGCAUCAAAGUGACGAGAGUGUUCUAUCUGAUCCUAAGCUAUGGGGGGGCGGGUUGUCUUCUAUUACAGUCGAAUACGUGAUCGUCGCACCAUGCUCCACGGAAUGUACCUUUUAAAAGGCUUCGUAUUGCAAUGAAGAGUCUAGAACCAUACA